AAAAAUGUCUGUUUACAAUGGCUUUGGCACUCGGUGCCAAGAAACAGCCUAUAACAAAGCUACGUACAACAUGCUGUUCCUAUUACAGCACAUGGUAUACUGCACUCUUACUUCACCCAGCCAUGUUCCUAGUGAAGGAAUUCCAGAGGAAAAAUUCGGAAAACAUUUCGAAAAGAUUUAUACGAAGAUGUCAGCACUAGAGACACAUAAGUACCAGCCACCAAAGUAUUCAGCAGCGCUUAAGGACCUCAGAGAGUAUUUCUCAGUAGAAGAACUCUCUUCAGGGCUGAAGGAAAGGAGAACUACAGUGGGAUAUCUCAGAAAUAAAACUCCUGUGACUAGACUAGAGCCGAAUAAUCGAGAUCUGUGCCUAGAUGAAGAGGAAGCAGCGAAGUAUGAACUUUUGAAGGAUUUUGGAGACCAAGAAUUAUUCAAAAAGGUUUCGAAUAUGAAAAAUAUCAAUUUUCAAAGAAAAUAUAAUCUAGCUAAUUGUGAUUCUAUUGGUCUUGUUUUGAAAGAUAGAUUGACUCAGAAUAAAUCUAAAAAAGAUUGUACUACCAAUAAUGGCAAUGAAACGUUUAAAGGGAUAUCGAUAGACCAGUUUCAAAACAGUGUUCAAAAGUUUAGAAGUAUAAGAAGACCUAACCCAGAGGAUUACACUGCUCGAUCGAAGAGCAAGAAAGGUUGAAGAUCAAAGGACUUGCAGACGAUUCAAAAUGAAUCUAUAGAUGUGCAAAACACUAUAAUUCCAAACAAACUCAUUACCUUUGUAAAGAAAACUUCUAAAUCAAACAAGGAAAUUAAGAUUCAACGAAAAUAAAAAUAGAAUACUUGCCCAGAGUAUUCAUUCUGGAUGAGUUCAGAAGUAUCAGACUAACUUUACUAUCACGAAUCAUGCAGAUGAGAUUGCAAACCCUCAAAUUCACUUAAAAGCUCCAAUGACAGCCAAAGGCCAAAGACAUAGUAAUAAUUCUGUCGGUAAUAUCUCAAGAAGAGAUAUUGGCGGUAAGAAUCUGCUCUUUAAAGCCCCAAUGACUGCAUCAAAUAUCUGAAAUACCAACCGGCUUGAAAAAGGUAAAUUUCCAAAAGAACCCAUACAGAGAACACUAACUCAAACCUAUCAAGAAGAAGAAGACAAUUUAAACGUACCCUAAACCAAAGCAACGCCACUCCAAGCAUCAAACCCAAACCUAAAAUUUUAAAUCGAGCCUCAGUCAAAAAAGUCUCCUGCCUAAAAAGCCUCUCAAUAUUUAUCUAACC